AUGACUGCGUCGGAUCCCCCUGUCCCUUCAAAUUGGGACUUUACUCCAGUGCAUGACCUACUGCAGUCACCCGCUGAGGGCUGCAUUGCUAGACCUGGUCGUCACAAAGAAUCAACCAUCUCCUCGCUUGGUGAACAACAAGCCAAGGAUGAUGUCCGUUACACCACUAAUGGCAGGCGUGUGGAUCCUAUCACCCAGCGCAGUAGCCCAGAGCUUGGUGACUUCGGUUCUCUUUGGGAGCUUCUCAAUGAGGUCGCUACUCCUGCAAGUGUCACACCAACUUUAGGGUCCGCAAAGACCACCAAGUCCGAGCUGGAAUCGCUCGAUGAAUUUCUUGCUAGUUUAGCGGAAAGACCCACGAAGAGGGUCUCAUUCACUGGCCUCUUUGACAUUGAAACAUCCAUUCCCGUUUCAUACAACACCCGUCGCACCAUCAAUGAGCCAAAUCCUCGGGUCCUCAAAGACACCGCCACUGGCUACGCUUUCCAUUCUUCUUCUCGGCCUGAAACGCACGCGACAGGUAUUCCUACCAAUCUCGAGAGUCCACCAUUCACUAUCUUAAAGCGGACCUCGGUUAUUGAGCCUUCUGGAACGAGUGCCAAUGUGAAAUUUGGUGUCCCACGAACACCCCCGAAGAUGAUUGCCAGAGCCAUAGUUGGUAGUCCAAGUGAUACACCCACGGCGAAAUCCAAGUCUCGGUCAGGCAGAAAAAGACCCGGAAGGAACGCCCGCAAUUGCCCAGUCACUUCUGAAGAAAGUGCUGGGCUAGAAUCGGACACAAGCGUUGUAUUUGAUCAUUCCGUUUCUGAUAGAUCUUUGGCUAUCUUUGUCCCAUCUCAAGUGCGUACACCUGGAGCGAAGACUCACCGUUAUGAUACCCCACCGUCGUCAUUUGACGAUCAUGACUGGAUACUGAAUGACGAUGCCAUGCGAGGACUUGGUUUUGGAGGUACUCAUGUGCAGCCUACCCGACAGCUAUCAGCCGCGGAGCGAAGAAUCGCCCUGAUGAGCAGACUCCUCGUCCACUUUCCUGAUUACGCCAAAGUCGUGUCUCAAAUGGGACUGGCUUUGGAGUAUCGUCCCGAUAAUGAUAUUAGCUCACGUCCUAUUCAUGUCUUUGUUGACAUGUCAAACAUCAUGGUUGGAUUUCACGAUUCAGUGAAAGCCUCGCGGAACAUCCCUCCCUCGACCCGGAUUCCUCGUGCCCACAUGUCCUUCGCCAACCUCGCAUUGAUCAUGGAACGCGGCCGUCAGGCCGCCAAGAGGGUCUUGGUCGGCUCGGACCAUCUUCCCUCCGUCGAUGAAGCUGAGAGACUCGGCUACGAAGCGUGCAUCCUCGAACGUGUGCACAAGGUGAAGUCGAUCACACCCCGUCGCACCAUCAAAUCGCAGAAGUAUGCCUCCAGCUUCCAGGGUGGAUCUAGCGGUCCUGAAACGGUCGCCACCUCUGGAGAGCGAUGGGUUGAGCAGGGUGUGGACGAAAUUCUACACCUGAAGAUCCUGGAGAGCAUUUUAGAUACGGUCCACCCGGCUACGAUUGUUUUGGCCACGGGGGAUGCGGCAGUGGCCGAGUUCUCCGGCGGUUUCAUGAAGAUGGUUGAGCGCGGGCUUCAGCGCGGCUGGAAUGUUGAGCUUGUCAGCUUUUCCCAGGGCACUAGCAACGCGUAUCGGAAGAAGGACUUCCGCAUUCGGUGGGGAGACCAGUUCAAGCUGGUUGAGCUAGACCGGUACCUGGAGGAACUGUUUGAGUGA